CUGAAAUCGAAUAGACCGGGUGUACUCGAGAUAAGUGACAGGAAGCCCACCACUGGUCGGGAUACUUUUCAUCUUUAUUCUGCUGCUGCUUGUGUAGAUAAUUGAAAAUGUCUGCUACUUUGCGUCCAUACUUGAAUGCUGUCAGACAUACGUUAUCAGCUGCUAUGUGUCUACAUAACUUCAAUUCCCAAGUAGUAGAGAGGCAUAACAAACCUGAGGUUGAAGUUCGGUCAAGUAAAGAAUUGCUAAUGACUGCUGUUGUUGUUAGUCGUAAUGAAAAGGAAAAAGUGUUAAUAGAACCAUCGAUAAAUUCCAUUAGAAUAUCAAUUGCCAUUAAGCAAGCUGAUGAUAUUGAGCGCAUUUUGUGUCAUAAGUUUAUGAGGUUUAUGAUGAUGAGAGCUGAAAAUUUCAUCAUUCUGAGAAGAAAGCCUGUUGAGGGUUACGACAUUUCAUUCCUUAUUACAAACUUCCACACAGAGCAGAUGUUUAAACAUAAGCUAGUAGAUUUUGUUAUUCAUUUUAUGGAGGAGAUUGACAAGGAAAUUUCAGAGAUGAAGCUGGCAGUCAAUGCAAGGGCAAGAGAGUGUGCCAUGGAAUAUUUAAAAAGAUUUUGAGUGACCUGGUACUGAGGCUAGUGCUAAAAAGAUGGAGUGAACUUCAUUUCCCACAAGAUACUUGUGAAGUGUAUCAGAAAUAUCACCAUAAAGUCAUCUCUCACUUCAUGCUCAUUGCCCUUUUAUUUUAUUUGAUAUCUUGGGUGACAUCUCUUGUGGUGAAAGUGGUAUUAAUUUUUCUAUUCCUGUGAUGUGUCAAGAUAGUGUAAGGAAAGUGGCAAAGCUGUUGUAGAUGAUGAUUUUGUUUUUUGUUUUAGCACAAAUUCUUCAUUAUAAAACUAUAUAUUUUCCAGAAAAAUAUAUAUUUGUCUUUAUGUAUUUUUGGAAGUUAGAAGGGCAGUGGAAAUCUAGUGAAAUGCUGAGAGAGGGCAACCCAUUCAUAGUGUUUUGUUUUAUUUAUCACACUUGUAAUAUAAAUCAUUCCAUGUUUCCCCUUGAGAUAUUAAUCAUCACAAUCUAUUGCAAUAUUGUUUUAAUCUAGUUGUUGCGGAGCCAUCUAUUGCCAUUGUAAUUUAGAUGCGUUCACUGAAUAAAAAAGAUAGGGAAGGUUAGCUGGAAGUGAUUUUGUCCACUUCUUUAGAGAGACUGUUGGAAUUUACCUAUUUUUUCAAGUGAAGCUCAAACAAGGUACUGUGAAGCAUUGUAUUGUAUGCAGUCAUGAUGCAAACAAACUUAGUCUUUAUUGAUGCCAAAUUAUGCCAGUAGUUUAUAUAAUGUGAUGGCUACAGGACCUUAGAAGAAAUUAGGUAAAGUUAUAUUGCCAAAAUUGUUGUAAAUUACCAAAUUUGGUGAGCAUGAGUAACCAAAAGUUGUAUUAGAUUUUUAGCAUUGUAAAUGUGAAUUCUCUUGUGGAUUUUACUUGAAGAAAUAUUGCUUUGGAAAUUAAUCGUGAUUUAAAAAAAAAAAAAACAUUGUUUAUAAAGGUUGGAUAGGGUAUAGCAGAUAAAAAUAUGGAGAUAAACAGAGACGUGUGUGUUUGUGUGUAUGUGUUUUCAAUUGAAGUUUGAGGAUAUUAAAGGAAAUUAUGAUUAUGCCUGGAUUAUGCGUGAAGAGGGAUGCGAGAAUGUAUUGAGUCGGCCAUCCUCUAGCCUGUGGCAACAAUUGUUAUAAAAAGCUGAUGCAUUUUUACUUUUGACACUUGAAUAUACAGUAUAUUUAUAUUAAUUCUUACCCACAGAGUAUCUGAUUGGUAUGUAAAUGUAUGCAUUAGUCUCAUUUUGCUGUAUUCAUGGGAAAUAUUAAACAUUAAUUAUCAGGAAGGUUUAUCGCUGUAAGUACUUUAUAUGGCCGCCAUACAAGUAAAACGUGUGAAAAUAUUCUGUAGUGUUUUUUGUUUUAAUGCGCCAGUGUACCACACAUGGACAUUCUUAUAUUAGCACCACUAAAAUGAUUUCAACAUUAAAGGUUUUUUUUAUUAGUUAACAGGGCAGUGUAUCUUGCAUUUUAAGUGCAUUUUUUCAUUGGGAAAUGCUUUUGUUUGUAGGAGCUGAUGUAUUUUUGUUUUUAUGUAAUUUUCACCAAAUGUUUUUAUUUAUUCAUUUAAGAGUAUGUUUUAAAGUUCAUCAGUGUGGUCUUUCUUAAGCUAACGAAGAAUAUCAACCCUUUUAGAUUUUGGUGCCCAGUGAUGUCAUGAAAAUAUCAUCCUGUGAGAUUCCGUUAACAUCCAUCCUUGUAGGAAAAAAAAAUCUUAUUUUGACAAAUUGUGGGGAAUUUGGGAUGGGUUAAUCCCUUCCCCAAAAUAACAGAAUAUUCAAAAGAAUUAUUGCUAAACUAGUUUCAAAUCUAUAAAAGUUUCUCCCUGGUUUUUCCAUUUUUUUUUAUGCUAUAAUAGGCUUAUAGAAUGUAUAUUAUUGGAAGGGAAGUAUACUGUACAUCAUUGUGUAAAAAAUAAAAAUAAAUUUUUAAGAAUUUUUUUUGUUCAUGAAAGGUAUUUGUUGUUUAAAGGUUUUAUUUUUGUUUCUUUCAUUUGGAAAUGUUGUACAGACUUGCAAUGAUUAAAUUCAAAAUUUAACCAAAACCAGCAUUGUCUUAAAAAGGAUUUUACAGUGAUUGAUAAAAGAAAAUCGUCAUGAAGCUCAAAAGCAUAAGUCACCAAGGGUUGUUGAUAAUAUUUGAAUAAAGAUUAUCACUGAUAUAGGUAAAUUAGGCAAUACAGUGAUUGUUGGUGGAGCUGUGUAAUUUUAGAUCAACUACAGUAUUACUAUGAUGAUUUUAAGUUUGUGUGAGAAGAUUCAUCUAAUUUCAGACUUAUGAGACUGCAUUUUCUAAGAGUACACCUAGUGAAGAAAGUGACUGAUUAUCAUUUGAAAUAACCUGUCUCCACUGAGGUUUUCAUUUUAAGCUUGCUUUUGAAACUGGUGGGAACUUUUUAGUUUACUAUUCAUCACUGAAUAUAUGGAAAAUCUAACUGAAGGUUGUUUGCAACAUAUUGUACUUCAGUAUUUAAUGCUGUAUGUGUAAUUUUUGUAAUAUCUUUGCUUAAAUUAAAUUAUAUCAUCACAGAUUUUCUCACAUGUUCCAUUGUUGUUACACAAGGCAAUACUGUACAGUUCUUGAUACUAAGAGGCCUUACAUGAGAAUGAGAUGAUUGUUCAUUCAUCUACAUACUGGUCAUGCAACGAAUUUAGUUAGGCGCUCAAUUGGAAGGCUUUACAAAAUAUUUGAUUCUGUUUAAUUCAAUGAUUAUCUUGCCAAAGAUGUGUAAUAUGAUUUGUGAUGCUAUGAAUUUAUUCCUUUAUCACUGUUAGUGUUUUGGUUGUUUCGAGCCAAAAUGUCAAGCCUUUUUGAGUGCAUUUUUGUUGUAUUAGUUUUACCUUGUAUGCCAUCAUAUUUCUGUUAAAUACACCUUUAAUUACAUGUAAUUAUUUGAUUUGUUAUUUUGAAUUUCUGUUAUAUGUAGAUGAUUUAUAAUGUAUUCAGUUCUUUUGAAUGCACGGAGAAUUAGAAAUACAGUGUUGCCAGUUGUCUA